CAACUCUAUCUGCACAAGGCUGGACAGCGCCAUGGUUAUGGACUUCAGCCUCAGCCUUUCUUAGAACUUCUUCCAUCCUCUCUCUUGUGAGAAGAAGCAACUCGUAGGCUUCUACAACUCCAGUACCUCACCGAAAAAAUAUUGCAUGCCGAUCCACACUCCAAAAUGAGCCGACUUCCACUCACAUAUUUCUCCGGCAUGUCAGCCUCGUCAGCCUACCAGUCUAACGACUUUCCAGACGAGCCACCACCAGCUUACGACUCCUCUUACCGGAACACGACGAACCCUUUCCGGAACGAGUUCACUACUUACCAGAGCGAGUUCACUCCGGACGAUUUCGCUGCCUACCAAGAUGGCUUCGACUACGAAAUCGAAGGCCCGCCGUUCACGUGUGGCAUCUGCAUGGACGACAAACCACGAUCUGACUCCUACGUUUUCGACUGCGAGUCAAGCCACACCUUCUGCCGUGACUGCUCUCGCGAGGUCGUGCGAGGCGACAUCGAAGGCAACAAAGUCCCCAGAUGCCCUGGUGAACGUUGCAAGCACGAGCUCAGCGAGCAGGAAAUGAAGCAGCUUCUUCCUGAGCAACUCGAGAAAUACAGCACUAUGCUGCUCAACCGCCUCGUUUCCCAAGGCCCGUUCCUCGUCUGUAAAUGCAAACAUGUCAUGGCGGCGCAUUCAGCAGGCGAGCAGGAGCGCGUCGAAUGCCCAAAGUGUCGCUACACGUUCUGCUCGCUCUGCAACGAGGACUACCACUACCGCUGCACUUGCCAGGAGCUCAAGCAGUACCGCAAUAUCUGGACGGCGUGGCUGCGCAAGGGGAGGAACGACUACCAGUCGACCGUCGCGCAACAGGAACGGCGGCAGAAGCAGCAGUACGAGAAGCAGACGAAGGAGUUCGUCGCCGCGCAGAAGAAGCACGAGGAAGAUCGCGCUGCGGCCUUACGAGCGUUCGAGACGCUCCAGCAGGACGAACAGUACAAAGCCCGCAGCGCUCGCAUGUGCCCGCACUGUGGCCGUGUGGUCGAGAAGAUCACGGGCUGCGACACCAUGACGUGUGGGCAGGACGCGCAUGGUGGAAACGUCCAGAGUGGAUGUGGGAGGGGUUUCACCUGGACCAGUGCACCGAUGUAUCGGGCCGCUGCGGUCAACACGCCAACGAUUGAGGCUUUCGUGGCCCAAGCGCCGCAGCAGGCGGGCACGCAAGGGUUUCGGCAUGAGUAUGCUCGAUGCGAUAACUGUGGCUCAGAGGAGAUCGUCGGGCUUAAGUUUGAGUGCCUCAAUUGUCCUGCGUAUGACUUGUGCGGGAAGUGCGAGAGGAAUGGGACCAGGCAUGAUCAGAGGCAUGUCUUUAGGAUUUGGAAGAACGAUAGGGAUAAUGGGCUUCAGUAGGGAUACUCUCGAGGGGUGGAGCGAUUUUCUUCCUAGUGUUUGUAGUUCUAUGGGCCAUUCUGAUGGUUUCGAUGGCGUUUGCUGCUUGGAGAAAUGGAAGUGGAAGGGAAAAUAUGAGAGCUUUGAGCCUGUGUCAUGCAAUCCCUACAUCGAUCAUUUCAUGACUCAUGAGCUUAAGGUGGCGCCUACAUAUCGACUUCAAUUUCUAGCAGGCAGCAACAUCAAAUCACAAACUGUAACGUAGGUGAUGGGGUUAUUACGCACGAGG